AUGCGCGCCGGAUUCGUCUCUUUCCUGGCCCUCAACGCCGCCGGCGUUUUGGCUGCCCCUCAGGCUACCACCAUUGCCUCCUCUGCCCCCGAGGUGACAAACAUUGACGAGAUCAAGGACCUCGCUGCCUCUGCGUAUGAGAAUGCGCAGGAGUUUGUCGAGACACAGGCCAAGCGUGGAAGCACUUGCAACUGGAGCAACGUCCGCGUGCGAAGGGAAUGGAACACCUUCUCCAAGAACGAGAAGAAGGCUUACAUCAACGCCGUCAAGUGCCUCCAGUCCAAGCCCGCCAAGUCUCCCGCGUCUUUCGCUCCCGGCGCAAAGACUCGGUUCGACGACUGGGUAGCCACUCACGUCGACCAGACCCAGAUCAUCCACUACACUGGAAACUUCUUGGUCUGGCAUCGGUACUUUACCUGGUUGUACGAGGAGGCCCUUCGGAAUGAGUGCGGAUACAAGGGCACCCAGCCUUACUGGGACUGGGCCCUCACUGCCAUCACUGGUCUCUCCAAGUCUUCCAUCUUUGAUGGCAGCGAGUACUCCAUGUCGGGCGACGGCGAGUACAUCCCCGACCGCCCCGACGUCAUCCUCGGAGCCAGCAGCGGCCUGCCCCCGGUCUACCUCCCGACCGGCAACGGCGGCGGCUGCGUCAAGUCGGGUCCCUUCAAGGACAUGAAGGUCAACCUCGGCCCCGCAGCACUGGACCUCCCCGGCGGCGUGGUCGAAGCCCGACCCAACCCCCUCGAGUACAACCCCCGUUGCCUGAAGCGCGACCUGGGUGACGCCGUCAACAGACGGUACGCCAACGCCACGUCCAUUCUCCGCAACAUCCUCCAGCCCAAGAACGCCUACGACUUCCAGAUGCAGAUGCAGGGCAUCCCCGGCACCGGAGACAUCGGCAUCCACGGCGGCGGCCACUACUCCCUCGGUGGCGACCCCGGUAACGAUGUCUUCACCUCCCCCGGUGACCCUGCAUUCUACCUGCAUCACUCCAUGAUCGACCGCGUGUGGUGGAUCUGGCAGAUGCUGGACCCCAAGGAGCGCCAGUACGGCAAGUCUGCCCUCAUGGGCACAAAUACCUUCCUCGACAUCCCUGCCAGCAACGCCACCACCUUUGAGGACUAUGUCAACUUUGGCUGGGCUGGCGAGUCCCGCCAGAUCAAGGACCUGAUGAGCACCCUGUCUGGUCCUUUCUGCUACGUCUACUUGUAA